GGGUGAGUCGGUAAAAAAUAUGGCGGGUGACUCAACGAUCGGUUCCCCCAAAUAAACGCCUCAAAACCUUAUCCAAAUCAAUCAUACGAGACGAAUCCAGUGAUAAUCAUCCACCAGAUCAGCAACAAUUUGACGAAGAUUAUUCCGAUCCGGAGGUAUGCGGGAUAUGCUUAUCCAACGGUGGAAGAAGAGCAAUCAAGGGCAAAAUCAACAACUGCGAUCAUUUCUUCUGCUUCGUUUGUAUCAUGGAAUGGGCCAAGGUGGAGUCGCGUUGCCCUAUGUGCAAACGCAGGUUCACCGCCAUUCCUAGACCGCCUAAGGAAAGUGUCUUUGCUUCUGGACGACUCGUUAACAUCCCUCAGCGAGAUCAGGUUUACCAUCUCUCUGUAAAUGCAACAUCCAGGCCAAGUGAUCCCUAUGCAGAAGUUAGAUGUAGUGUGUGCCAUGGCAUGACUGAUGAAAGUCUUCUACUGCUUUGCGAUCUCUGUGAUUCUACCGCCCAUAUGUAUUGUGUUGGCUUGGGGGACGACCGUACCUGAUGGUGACUUUUGUCAUAUUGUGCUCUUUCUAGGUCCGAAGAUGAUACUGAAACCGAUGAUCAAAUGUUCUCUGCUAACUGUAAUGUAAAAUUGCCAUCUGAGACAGAUGUUUCGAUUUUUUAUAUGGUUCGAGAAUUAAAUAUCCCAGGGCUCAAUGGACAUAUUGCAUCGUCAUGUUCUAAUUAUUCGCCUCCUGGUAUAAUUCCUGGAAGGGAAAGCAGUGGGGUAGAUGAAGCAAGUCGUCCUAGUAGGAAUACUGUGGGUAAUUCAACUGAAUCAGUUGCAAGAACAUUGCGCCUUUGUCGCAAUGUACAUAGCCGGAUACAAGUUCUUCAUGAAAACUGGCGUUCACUGCAAAAUAGAUCAAUCAUUAAGUUUCUCUUAUGGUGUGGCUGAACCUGGGAUUGGAAGCCGUGGGAAAGAUAAGGUUGCUGAAGUGUUUCAUCACAGAUCAAUUGAAUCACAAUCAUCAAUUUCAACAAGUCAACAACCAACUUCUCGAGGCAAUUCUAUUCUGCCCAAGGAAGAUUUGUAUGAUAUUGAUAAGGCAUGGAAAAUGACUUGUAUGACAACUAGUAGUUCUAAUCAGAACUCAACAAAACUCCCUUGCCUCGGAAGUACGUCGAAAGAGGCAAUCAGCAGUGCAGGUCUUCAUACAUCAAAAAUGCACCAGAAUGAGGAAAGAACAGGAAAACAGAAGCAGUACGAGUAUCAUUAUCAUGAGAGGGAAAGGGAAAAGCACAAAUCUCCAGAUAGAUGUGGAAAAGCAAAAGAGGAUAGUUAUGAAUAUUGGACCGAGUGAUAAUGUUCUUUCUUCUCGUUCACCUCGAUUUCUUCAACCUU